GCAGAAACCUGCACUUAUUUCACUCUCAACGCGACAUUACGCCCGUCCAGCCGACCGCCCACUUUCCUGCCCUUCCCUCUGUUUCAGCGCAAUUUCCGGCAGCGGCUCCGUCCUUCUCCAACCCAGAUAAUACCCAAAAGCCAUCCACCGUGGCUUCCCCCUGCCUCCGCCCAUGGCUGCGAGGAGGGGUAAGGUGGCCCGCCGGUUUUCAGACACCUCCCUGGAGGUGCUGGUGGCGGCGGUCAGAGCCAGGGCCAAGGUGCUUUUCCCUCGCUCCGGGAAGAAGCUUCACAGCAGCCUCUCCAAGAAAGCGUGGCUGGAAGUGGCCGAGGAGGUCAGCAGACUGAGCAUCACCCCGAGGAGCUGGAUCCAGUGCAGGAAGAGAUUCAAUGAUCUCACUCGUUCAGCCAGGGAAAAGGCAGCGCACAACACGAGGGAGAGGAGCAGGCUGGGUGGGGGCACAACUGAUGCUGUAGCUCUCACCCCUGCGGAGCAAUCGGCGAUGGACAUCAGCGGGACACCGAGGGAGAUCAGCAUCGGAGACGGCGAGGCGGGCGGUUUCUCCGAGCACGGCGACUGCCUCAGCAUCGUGCCUCUUCACACGGCCCAGGCAAUCCCAGUCAGCAUCAAGACCCCGCCCAGUCCUCGGGAGGUUUUCCAAGAGGAGCCUUCGGCGGAAGACAAACCCGCGGCCUCCCCCGCGCAGCUGGCCCAGCCCGGGUCGGGCCUGGGUGAGGCCCAGGGCCCCUCUCCGCUCGGCGGGUCGGAGCGGAAACCGGAGGCCCCGGGUUCGGAGGCGUCGCGCCGGCGGGCCUUACCUUUCCCCGGUGCCGCCGAGUGGGACGACCCGCGGGACCCGGCCGUCAAACGGAAGAUGCUGGAAGCUCACCAGCGGCUGUACCAGGUGUUGGAGGGCCUGCCGAAGACACUGAGCGCCAUGUCCGAGAGCAUGGAGGAGUCCACCUCCGCCAUGUGCGGGGUGGUGUCGCACGUGGUUUCCACUCUGCAGGCCACCCUGGAAAGCGCCAGCACCCCCCGGGAGAGUGCGGUGGCAGAGCCCCCUCAGCCGGAGAGCCCGGCGCCCACCCUCGAGGCUCUGAUCGAAGCUCAAACGGCCGCCGUCCGGGCGCUGGGCGCCGACGUUUGCUCGGCCCUGGAGAGGCUGACGGGUCGGCUGGACACCCUGGCGGAGCGCGUCGACCGGGGCUUCGAGACGGUCUCCCACCUCCUGCGGUGCGCCUUGCCGCGGGCGGGCGGGAGCGAGGAGGCGGAGGGCGGCGCCGCGAGCGGGCAGGCGAGCUUCGCCCUCACCCGCGGCGCCUGCCCUCCUUUCCCGCCAAGCCCUCCGCCUCGCGCUGCUGAGCCGACGACGACGCCGCCGCCGAACGGUCAGCUGAGCCAGGGGGCGCUAGCGGCCGGCCCCGCGGCGCUCCCGCCCCAGGGCCCGGCCCCGCGAGCGCGCGCCCCCAGGAGCCAACGGUCGCAACCGUCGCAGGAGCCGCCUGCUCUUUCCUGCCUCACCGCAGGAACGUCUCGUCGGAGUGGCAAAGUUGGGCUCUCGCAUUGACCAGGAACCAGGUGACAUCAUAUAGGAGUGCAGUUACUAGUGAGAAUCAUCUGGAGGAGGAAGAGAUCCAUUAUACUACACUGAACCUAUCUCCAACAAAUCGAACGCGUAGUGCAGCAUGUCAGAUGGUGU